CAACGGUGAACUAAAGCAACUAACUAAUAACAACUAUGUGUAGAUCUUUUAUAUCGUCUUUAUUUAUUUAUACUAUUCUAUCUUUUUAAUUGCAUUUUCUUUAAAAAUAUAGACUAUCAAUGUUAGCUUUUAAAACCUACAAUGUUUAUUGCUGAAUGUGAUGUUGAGGAAGUUAAAGGAGAAGCAUAUAAACUGCUCAAAAAGUGGGGUGUAAAAUUGAGAAGUAAAAAGUUUGAUCUCAAAACAGUAGAAAAAAAAGGAGUCGGAGUUUUUAAAUUUCAUCUUGAAAAACUGGUCCAAGAAAAGACUAAGCUUCCACAGUACAACCAGUUUAUCAAUGUUCCUGCAUUUGUGAUUGAAACAUGUGAUUAUCUGAGGGAUAUGAUCGAGACUGAGGGUAUUUUUAGAAAGUCCGGAGUAGCGGUGCGACAGAAAGAACUAAAGCGGAUAGUUAUGAAUGGUGGGAAAUUGUCAGUUGGUGGCGAGAUAAAAGCAUAUGAUGUAGCAGACUUGCUUAAACUCUUCUUCCGUGAACUGCCAGAGCCAUGUAUUCCGUACAUGUUCCAUGAUACUCUUCAAAGAUGUUUUGACAACAUAGACAGGCGAAAGGAAGCUGUGUUUCUUGCAUUGCUGAUACUUCCUUCAGUGUAUCUCUACACUCUCGCCUACCUUAUGCAGUUCUUGCAUGAAGUCGCUGCUCACAGUCAAUACAACCAGAUGGAUGCCAGUAAUCUUGCUAUUGUCUGGGUUCCUAAUCUGAUGCCAUUCAAAACAGGCCGUGUUGAUGACAAGCAGGCUUUUGAGAAACGUCUUGCUAUUGUUCAGAUGUUGAUAGAAGACGCCGGCCAAAUUGGGUUGGUGCCAGAAUGUCUGUAUGAUCAUCUUCCCAGCUGGCAGACUUCACUCUCUCUUUCUAGUCAUGACGAGCUCGAGCACUCCAAACAUCGAUACAAGAAGAAGAAACGCAGAAGUGGAUCCCUCACAAGAAUGAUAAGCGGAAUAAAGAAAAUGGUGAAAAAUAAGGUGUCUGAGGAAGUAGAGGUGACAACUCCAGACAACUCAGUGUCUGUUGCGCAUACUCCACGGAUCAUGUCUACAGGCAAGAAGAGGAAGGCUAGUGAAUCAAACCUGACUGCGUUUUCUACUAAAAAGAGGAAAGACUUGCUUGAGUCUCUUCCCAAUGGGGCCAUACUGCCAGACAUCUGCACUGCAACACACCUCACCCCACGAGUCCUGCUACCUCAGCCUGUCACAAGAAAUGUUAUGGGCUGUGAAGUAGGUCAGAAAUCUCAAAGCCGUUUCUACAUCAACAAGAGUGAAGGGGAAAGAAAAGUGAAGUCAUCGAGGUCUCUUUCUAGCUCCAGAUUACGGCUGUCAAACUUUGGGUUUUCCAAGAAACAUAAAAGGGUAGAGAGAAUGGAUGAUUCCGGACUAGAACUGACAGCUACUCCUGAUACACUUGACUUGACAAAUUCAUCUAAGGAUUAUGUUAGAAUUUCAAGAAGUGAAUAUGAAGAUAUAAAAAAACGAGUGUCUAUAAUUGAAUCACGAAUUUCAUCUGAAUUUGAAAAUAUUGUGGGGGUUUCUAUGAGUGAUUUAGAAUUAACACCUGAUAAAUCAAAUUCAAAUUCUGUAAAAAUAAUUCAAACUGCAUAUGAGAAAACGCUUGAAUCUGUUGAAAAACUCAGUAGUCCAACUUCAGAUGAAUUAGCAACAAGAUUAAGUAAAGAGCUAAAGAUCCGCGGAAGUUCCGGAAAAAAGGUAAUAAGAUCUCCCAGUGCUAGGAAAAUAGGCACAAUUCGCAGAUCAAGAGACAGGGCAACAAAAAUUAAAAGAAAUCUUUCGCUAAACAUUAGUAAUAAGAAAUCAGCCUCACAUCAGAUUAGUUAUAAUAAUUUUAGAAGAGAGGCCCCAAAUAGCCCUAAUACAUAUAAUAAUGGAUAUCCAAAUUCCUUAAUGAUCUCAACGCACGAGUCUCAAGAUAAUUUUAAAAGCCAAUUGAAAUCUCAAGCGUAUGAAAACCAAAGAGAAAGCAUCAGCAACUCUUUGGACCAUGUAACCCUAAACUCAUCAGAAUUUGGUGUUUUGACCAGGAGUCAGGCUCGAAGAGCGUCUUCAUUUCAUGGUGGUGAUGUUAGUAGAGUUCCAACUAUUAUGAAUUUGAAUUCUAACAAGACACUGGAUACAAUGGAGUGGAAAAAUGCAGAAACCUUUUUAAAAGAUGAAGAAAAGUCAGGACAACAAUCAAUUACUGGUCGUCCAUCUUUGGCAAAAAUUAGGUCGCAGAAUGCUGGUAUGGUUUUAGAAAAAGCCAAAAUGUUUAAUACAAUGACACACUUUGAUAAUGACGCCACAAUAAAAAGAAGUAAUAGGGAUAAAUGUCAAGAGAUCAAGAAAAGAAGCUCAUCAAAAAAUUCAACAGAUAGGAGACUACAAAGAAAAAAUUGUGGAGUACAGAAGACUUUUCAAAACCAGGAAAUGGUAAACAAAGACACUAAAGUUUGUAGCAGUGUGAUGUUUAAGACGGAUAGCUUAUCUUCAAAAAACAAUGUUUUAAUUAGUAAAGAAAAUCCCCAACAACGAUUUGUGAAAGAAAACCAUAAAUCUUCAUACAAAACUCAAACAGAGAGUGGAAAGACUCCAUCAGAAGGUCGGUGCGGUGUCAGUAAACUGAAGAAUCAUACCUCGCAUAUUAAUUCACCGCUCAGAGAACGCAACAGGUUGGCCAGUCCUGCUAAGUGGACUCAGAACACACCAGGUCAAGUGAGAGCAGCUGUUGUCAAAUCUAUCUCCGCUACUCCUCGGAGAUCUCCUCGUCAAUUGUCUAGUAAAUCAAAACAUUCCAUCAAAUAAGUGCACCCUUAAUAAUUAAUUAGUCUACUGGUAACUUUCCCUACUUGCAUUUAUUUUAUUGUUUUGAUUUAAAUAUUUAAGAAAUAUACUAAACCUACAAUGAAAGUUGUAUAGCAAUCCAAACAAAAACUCAUCUCCAAAACUUUUGCAUUACGAGAAGUUUUUAAGUUUCCAUUUUAUAUUGCUACAAUCUCAAAAAGACACAAACCUAUUCAUGCUAUUGUCAAAAUACUUAUUUUAUAAAGAAUAGUAGUAUAUAUAUAUUUUAUGUUUAGUGAUUUUUUAAAUUAUAUAAUAUUAUGUGUUUGGAAAACAUUUUAAUUAAAACAUUUGUA